AUGCAGGAAAUCUUCUGGAAGCAGAAAUCAAGGGUGGACUGGCUGUUGGAGGGGGACAGAAAUACGCGGUUUUUUCAUGCAAUGGCUAAGGAAAAACAGAGGAGAGUAAAUGUCAAUCGGGUAGAACUGGACGCUGGACAUAUUGCGGAAGGUCAGGCAGAUUUAAAAGCAGCAGCGGUCGCCCAUUUCCAGCAGAUAUUUUGUACAGAUUCUUGUCAGAUAGAUCAAGAACUUCUUUGGUGUAUUCCGCAGACGGUCUUGCAGGCUCACAACGACAUGUUGUUGAAGAUCCCGUCGUUGUUGGAAGUUCACUCGGCGGUUCUUUCCAUCCCAAAAGAUAGCGCGGCUGGGCCUGAUGGUUUCUCAGCCAGCUUUUACGCAUCUAGCUGGGAGGUGGUGGGUCAGGAUAUUCAUAAGGCAAUCUCUUAUAUCUUUCAAGGAGAACAGGGGGCGUUUGUUCAAGGCCGCUCUAUAGCCGAAAAUGUUGCCUUAGCUCAAGAGUUGUUCAGGGAACUGAACAGGCCGGUUCGGGGGGGGGGGGACAUUAUCUUGAAGCUUGACAUUGACAAAGCAUAUGACAGGGUUAAUUGGGAUUUUCUGAAGCAGGUUUUGAAGCAGUUUGGUUUUAGCAUGCCUUGGAUUGAGAUGGUAGAAAAGUGUUGGGCGAUUAGUUGGUUUUCGGUUCUUUUAAAUGGUGAGAUAGAGGGCUUCUUUAAAUCCUCUAGGGGUCUCAGGCAAGGGGAUCCCAUCUCUCCAAGCUUGUUUAUUCUUUCAGCUGAGGUCCUGAGCAGAGGGCUCAAAAGCUUGUUAUAUCUUCGGGGUAGCCGGCCAUAUGCUUUGUGUAGAGAAUGCCCUCCAAUCACACACCUGUUAUAUGCUGACGAUACCUUAAUUUUCACUAAUGGGAGCAAAUCCUUGCUGCUAGUGAUCAAGAAAUUCCUGGAUUCCUUCCAAGCAUCCUCUGGCCAAAGCAUAAAUCUGAGGAAAUGUUCCUUUUAUUGCGCAUCAAAAUUGUCAAGUGCUCGAGUUAGCAUGAUUGAGUCUAUCCUCGGCUUUGGAAAAUCGUUAGCUUCUUUCUCUUAUUUGGGUGUUCCUAUGGCGGAUGGUAGGCUCCAAGCUUCAGCUUUCAAUCCGAUAGUAGACAGAAUUGUGGGGCGCAUUAAUGGGUGGAAGGCCCGCAUUUUAUCCCAGGCUAGAAGAGCGGUUAUGGUGAAGAAUGUCUUAGCUAGUAUUCCGAUUCACUCAAUGGCGGCUGUACAUAUUCCUUCUCAGGUUGGCCUCUGCAAUUUUUGGAAAUCGAAUUGGAUUGGGCUAGGGCCGCUCGAGCAGCUGGUUGAAGUCGAGGUGCUAGUUGGAUUGCUCGAUGACCAGGUGCGUCAGGUGAUAGGUCCUUGUGGUCCUCUUCCUCCCUCUGCGGCUUUCCUUCUUCUCCCUCAGAGAGUCAUUGACCACAUCUUUCAAGCAGGGUAUUGCACCACAGAAGGUGUUGACGUGCCAUUUUGGCUGCUCACGUUUUCAGGGGUUUUUUCAGUUAAAUCGGCGUGGUCUUUGACCAGAGCUCCUAGGCCGGGUCGGAGCUGGUCAAGAUGGGUUUGGCAUGCCAAACUGCCACCCAAAAUCUCCCUUCUUCUCUGGAAGGUGCUGCAAAAUGCGGUCCCGGUGGAUAGUACGGUCCAAUCUCGAGGUGUCCAUUUAGCUUCCAGAUGUGUCUGUUGUUCUUUUCCUGGAUCCCAACCUCAUGACAUUGAGACUCUGUUACAUCUCUUCGUCAACAGCAGUAUUGCUCAGGUGGUAUGGCAAGCUGUGGGUGGAUGGUUUGGAAUUAGUGUCAUGGCUGCUUCCUUGGUUGAAGCAAGGCUUUCUCAGUGGUGGGCGGCGGUCCGUUCUAGGCAGGAUAAAUCGGUGAACCAAAUGAUUAUUCCUUGUAUUGUUAUAUGGGAGAUAUGGAAAGCUCGUAAUGCGGCAGUUUUUGAUGAUGUACCGGGCUACAAGUUGGGGUCAGGUCGGUCAGAUUCUACAACGGCAGGUGCUGUCUUGUCUAGUGCCAUUAGAAAGCGUGGUCGUGCAAGUUUGAUUAGAUGGGAGAGGCCAUCGACUGGAUGGGUCAAAAUUAAUGUUGAUGGGUCAGCUAGAGGCAAUUCGGGCAGAUUGGGAGGGGGUGGUAUUUGCAGAGGAGAGAUGGGCAAUUUUCUCUUUGCUUUUUCAGGUGGCUAUGGAGUUGGCACUAAUACCAUUGCAGAAUUGAGAGUAGUGCAUGAUGGUCUUGCUUUGGGUAUUCAAAGGGGUUAUAGCCAAAUCAUCUUAGAAUCGGACUCUAAUCUGGUAGUCGAGUUGCUCAAUGGAGUGGCAACGCCGGGGUGGAAAUGGAGGAGGUGGUUGCAUAGGAUUUAUCAAUUGCAGGGUAAUGGCCGAAUCAGGUUUGUGCAUGUUCUAAGGGAAGGAAACUCGCCGGCGGAUUUUUUGGCUCGACUAGGGAGCGCUUCUCAAUCUGGUGCGUGGUUCGAUCGGCCUUCAAAGCUGCCUCAUCAGGUGAGAGGUUCCAUUUUUCUUGAUAAAGUUGGUUUGGGAAAUCUUCGGUUGAGCAUCAGUAUCGGUGAUGCCAAUCUUCAUUCUCCUCCAGAUUUCAGAGAUGCACAGAAGUAUAUUUCAGAAUGA